AUGUGGGUCCUCGAGUCCAGCGGCGACUUCUUCCAGGGCCGACGCAUUUGGCUGAAGCCAGGCAAAUCGUACUUGUUCGGUCGAACCAAGAGAGAUGAUGUGGCCUACGCGCUCGAUGUCAAGACAGUAUCUCGCAAACACUUCAUCAUCGAGGUAUCAGCGCCCGCGGAUGGAGAAGAGACUCGGCUCUACGAGCGUACAAGAUGUGUGGUCAUAGAUCAAACGUCCAAGAGUGGGACCACCGUCAACAACAUCCUGCUGAAGAGCAGUGACGAAAUGAAAGGCAGGGAGCUGACCCAAGCUGACAACACUGUGAAGCCAGGAAACAGCGAUGAGGUGCUUCUGAUCAAGUGGGUGCCAUGCACACUUUCAUAUCAUCUACUCCAGAAGGAACUCAAGGCUGGUGUGUUGGCGGUCAAGCAGGAAAAGGCGAGGAGAUUGGGCAUCAAGGCCGUUACUGACUUCGUUCCUGGCGAGACAACGCAUGUCGUCGCUACCAAGCGGAACACGGCGAAAGGUCUGCAAGCCUUGAUCACGGGUAAAUACGUGGUCACUGAUGCGUUUGUCGAGGCUCUGGAGCUGGCUGCUACACCCAACACGUUGAGCCAGGAUGAAAAUCUGUGUCCGCUCGAGGAGGACUUCGAGGAGAAUUGGCCCAACGAGAUACUCUAUUUGCCCGCACCCGCAAAAGAGCCUACCACCAAACCUGAUGAAGCGUACAGACCUCAGCCGACCAGAACUCAUGUCUUUGAGCAUUUCGUCUUCGUGUUCGGUGAUGAGAAGCAACUGGAGACCCUCAUGCCAGUCAUCACCACCGGUCAUGGCAAGGCGAUUCGGUUCAAAGUCGUCAAUGGACAGAGCACGGUUGAUGAUCUUGUCACGUUCAUGCAGAACGCAGAUGGGAAGAAGUCUGGCAAUUCUCACGCACGAUCGGAUGGUGGAGCGAUCCUGGUUAGAUGGAAGGGCGCCGAGCCUCACGCUGACUGGACGAACCACCUAAUCGAUCAGGCAGCGUUGAAGCUAGAUCAGAGGGCGAUUGACCAGUCCGAGUUUCUUGAUGCAAUUCUGUCCAACAACGCGGCUCAGCUGCGGCAAGCUAUCCCGCAAGAGUCAUUCGUUGAAGGUAUUCGAGCACCUCCGCCGUCGUUCGCCGCUGGGAGAGGUCAGACACAGGUUCAGACUAAUGGGCAUGGCUCGAGAUCUGCUGAGGCACGCCAUACCCGCAACACACCCUCCCCAUCACCACAGAACCCGCUUUCAAGUGAAAGUCCUCCACCGACGAACCAUCACGUGAAGCGUGUAGCGCCUGUGCAGCCUCCAACACGUGAAAGCCGGAGCGGCAGAACCUCAACAGCUCAUUUCGACACGCAGCCCGUAGCACAACAACCAGCUGCACGACGCCGCAGUCAGCCUGCAUCAGAUCAAGUCGUAGCUCAAGAGCCAGAACAGCCGACUGCAGGAAGUAUGGCUCAAUCUCAAGACUCCGCCCCUCAACCCGACACGUUCGAAGCACAAGUUCGCAAAUCACGAUAUCUUCCGCCAGUCGCAGUGAAGAAAUUCGAUGAUGAUUUCAAUGCUGAUGAUGUGGAAGACUACGAAGAGGAAGACGACGAGGAAGGAUCACAAGUCUCCAUCGUGGACGAUUCCGAAGCGGAAGAUGCUGCACCAGAGGCAAUUCCAGCUUCUCAGCCUGUUCAACAAACGUCACGUAAGCGAGUUCGAGAGCCAAGUCCAGAGAGAGACAUGAUGGACGAACUUCUUCCUGCGGCCAACGCGAUGAAACGUCAACGCCGUCAGUGGGAGGAAGAGGCUGAGCGGACAGGGCGGCCGUUGCAGACAACGACUGAACCUGUUGCAGUGGCUAAGCCGACCAAGAAGAAGGAGAUAGAUCCUGCCGAACUCAUAAGAAUGGCGCGUGAGCGUGCAAAGGAACAGAACGCCGAGCGUGAGGGAUCCCAGGAACCUCCGGAGUCAACGUACAAUCCCGAAGAGAGAGGUCCAACCCACCUAGCCGUGGUCGAGCACAUUGAGCUUCCGGUCCGAAAGCGCAUUGUCCGAAGUGGCAUGAACCCGGAGGACGAUCCACGAUGGGAUGAGCGAUGGAACGGCUUGAAGAACUUCAAGAAGUUCCGACCUCAGGAGAAAGGUCUUGUCCGCAAAUCGAAUCAUGCAGGCAAAGUGUUCGUUCCGCUCGUGGCACUCAAAGCCAAGACUGGAGGCCUAGGUGAGCGGUAUUGGGAGAAGACCGAGGAGGAGAAGGAGCAUGAGCGACGUCAGAAGAAGAAGCGAGAGAAGCGGAAAGCCCAGGAGAGUCUCAGCCAAAGUCAGGCCAGGAGUGGUCAGACGAUCAAUGUGAGCGAUGACGAGGAGCAGCCGGUCGAUAACGUGGACGGGGACGAGCAACAUGUCAGCCCGGAGCUUGAUCGUCUUCAGGCGGAGGCUGCUUCGGUCCUUGACCACGAGAUCGAUGUCGACUCCCCGAGACGCACACGGGGUGAUGACGCCAGAGAGACACAGUCAACGAAAGCCACGGCGUCAGGUACACAGUCGACACGUGGGACGAAGCGGAAGACAGCAUCGAUCGCCGCUGCGCCGGCACCGAAGAAGCGCCAGAAGACGUUGCCAGUGACUACUAUCAGGGACGAUGAGGAUGAGGAGAGUGACGACGAGAACAAGUUCAGAUGGGGUGGGAAAGGAAGAGGUAGACGCGCGAAGGGAUAG